UCGAACAAGCAACAUACAUGCUCAUACAUGUAAACAGCAACAUGUUGGUGUUUAAUGAUGAAGAAAAAAAGGAUGAGGAUUUUAAAGAUGAAGAUGCAAAAAAUGGGGAAGUUAAGCAAGGGAAUAAAGAGAAGAUUGAGGUAAAGGAAGAAGAAAGUGUUAAUCAACAAAAGGGUGAAGAUGAGAAAGAAAAAUUUGAUGAUGAAGAAAAGGGAGUGCCGAAGGGAAAGAAUGAAGAGUUGAAGGGAGAAAAGGAAGAGAAGCAUAAAAAAGCUAAGGAAGAGAGGGAAGAAAAGAAUAACGAACCGAAUGUGGAAAAGGAAGAAGAUACGAAAGAUUCGCAAAAAGAAAUUGGGAAAAAAAUGAAGGAUGAAUUGAAGGGGGGAUUGAAAAAAGAGGAUAAUAAAAGUAUUUUGAAAGGUUUUCAAUGGAGAGGUGACUUUAAAAAAGAAGAAAAAUGAACAAAGAAAAAUAAAAGAAGAAGAAGGAAAGAAAGAUGAAUAUUUAAACGCAAAAAAAAAUAAAAGAUAAAAUACUAAAAGGAUAUUAAAUCCCGAAAUUUGAUAUUUAGA